AUGUCGACAGUGAACAUAGUCAAGUAUUAUUUCUACAGAGGUAUGAUGCCUCAGGAGCAGGAGCUUUUGAGAAACAUGGUUUCUCUCGCAUAUCAAACAGCCAGGGAUCGAAAGUUGUAUCCCAGAGCAAUCUUGAUAAGAUCAAGAUCGCACAACACUACUAGCUUCAACGGGGUACAUCAGCUGGAUCCGAAUGGCUGGCAUUUGACAUUUUGCUAUAAGGACACCGCACAGCUCGCGAACGGGACUCAUACUGCAUGCCAUGGGUAUACCCCCAACAAAGAUGUCUGGGAGUUGGUGAAGUCCACUCAUGAUGGUGUGAAGUCGGACACGGUCUUGAAGAGAAAUGGAAAGCCUGUAUGGCCAAUAGAAGAUGAACUGGAGGUUGCUCCUGAAAUUGGUUAUGGGCAUAUCGCUGAGAUCGCUGGGUAGCUGGGGUCGGUCGAGUAUUUGGCUGUGUCUGGGGCUGUGUCUUGGGCCAAGAAGGCAAUCAAGAUUUUGUACAUGCAGUUUCUGGAAGAGGAGAUGUAUAAACAUCUCCAAGCGUUCUUUACCAGAUAUCAAUCAACUUCUUUCUCCUAGAUACAUG